AUUAUAAAUAUCCGAAGGAAUUAGUAUCUGAACCCCUUCUCCGAGCCCUAAUCAGUCCCGAGUUCCCUCUCCAUCUCCCCUUAGCGGCGGCUCCAAUCACACCCUACCAUGGGUCGAGUGAUCCGAGCUCAGCGUAAAGGUGCCGGGUCCGUCUUCAAGUCCCACACCCACCACCGCAAGGGUCCGGCCAGGUUCCGCAGUCUCGACUUCGGCGAACGCAACGGCUAUCUCAAGGGCGUCAUCACCGAGAUUGUCCACGAUCCCGGCCGUGGUGCCCCGCUCGCACGAGUCACCUUCCGCCACCCCUUCCGCUACAAGAAGCAGAACGAGCUGUUCGUCGCCGCCGAGGGCAUGUACACCGGCCAGUUCGUGUACUGCGGCAGGAAGGCCACUCUCAUGGUCGGUAAUGUCUUGCCUCUCAGAGCCAUACCUGAAGGAGCUGUCGUGUGCAACGUUGAGCACCACGUCGGUGACCGCGGCGUCCUUGCUAGGGCUUCUGGGGACUAUGCUAUUGUUAUCAGCCACAACCCUGAUAACGACACCACCAGGGUCAAACUCCCAUCUGGUGCCAAGAAAAUUGUUCCAAGUGGCUGCCGAGCAAUGAUUGGUCAGGUUGCUGGUGGAGGGAGAACAGAGAAGCCACUUCUCAAGGCUGGUAAUGCAUACCACAAGUUCAGAGUGAAGAGAAACUGCUGGCCCAAGGUACGUGGUGUGGCAAUGAACCCAGUUGAGCAUCCUCAUGGAGGAGGUAACCACCAGCAUAUUGGGCAUGCGAGUACUGUCAGGCGUGAUGCACCUCCUGGUCAAAAGGUUGGGCUUAUUGCUGCAAGGAGGACUGGUCGGCUCAGAGGACAAGCUGCUGCUACUGCUUCCAAAGCUGAUAAGGCUUAAAAACUUUGAUCGGAUAAGGGUGAUUGAAGUAGUAUAUCUUAGUUUUAUUGUUGCUUUUGAGGUCUUUCUGCGCAUUCCAUUUAUAUUUAUGAUGUUUGGUUUAUGUAUUUCUCGAAAGCUUUCCAGAGAUUUACAUCUAUUAGGCGGAAAUAGAUGUUUGGUAAUUGGAACAAACAUUUAUUUAAUCAGAAUAAACUUGUAUUGCAUCAA